CCUGCCGCACGCCAGGACGGUGGUGGGGGAGACCAAGUGGAUCACUAGCUCCCAGAUAGCAGAGAGCUCCGCCAGCGGCAGCGUGGCUGGCUUGGCCAUGGACCAAGGAGCCUCAUCAGGAAAGCCGGUGUUCUAUAAGGGUGUGGCGGGCUCCCAGGUGACCCUGUCCAGCCUGGUGAACCAGAGCAGAGCCAUGCUGGAGGAGCAGGCCCGCCACCUGCUGACGGAGACAGAGAGGCAGACCAUGGGCUACUACGUGGAGGAGUACCGAGACGGACACAUAGGGGUGGAGCAGCUGGUCAUGGCCCUGUUUGAACUGCUCAACACACACGCCAAGUUCUCCCUACUAUCAGAGGUGCGUGGCCUGGUGACACCCCAGGAUCUGGAGCGUUUCGAUGGGAUGGUGCUGCGCCGCGAGAUCCAGGCUUUGAAGGCCCGGCAGGGGGGUGCCAGUGCGGCCGCCCUCCACCCUGACUCCCUCUCCAUGGUUUCCUACCCAGAUACCCUGGCCUCCUCGUCAGCCAGCUACAUGACCUCCACCACCCUCAGCUCAGCACGGGAUGAGGUGCAAUCCACGUCCGAAUCUCCCCCACCUUCAAACCCCCACCCCCAGGGGUGCAGAGACGCCCCAGCAGACGGGACCAGGUCAAAAAGCUUCCCUCCUCCGAAUCCUCCCAUUCCGGGCUCUACUUCACCGCCCCCUCCCGUAACCCCCAUUAACCAGAGGGGGAGCAAGGACCCCCUCCUCACCCAAGGUCCCCCCAAGAAGGACCCCUCUGCCCCCACUAAGAAGGAGAUGGCAACUGCCCAGCUCUCCAUGGACCACCAAGCCUGCCGCCCCUCUCCAUCUCCACCCCCUCCGCCGCCGCUCACUGCCCCAUCCGCACCCCCUCCGCUUCCCCACAGCCAGGACAAGUCCUCCCCUGGCUCCAACAAACAGCACUUUGUCAUGGUGGAGGUCCAUAGGCCCAAUGCAGAGUCUGAUGUCAACGAGGUGCGGUCACUCCCCCAGGCACGAGGUGCCAACCUGUCCCAGCUGUCAGACAGUGGACAGACGCUGAGCGAGGACAGCGGGGUGGACAUUGGCGAGUCAGGGCGUUUCAGCAAGGAAAGCAGUCCCCGUCCCGCCCGCAUACGCCCCCCACGACAUCUCCAGGGGGCAGGAGGGGACACCCCCUCCAAACCGCCGGGUCUCUUGGAACCCACCUCCACACUUGUGAGGGUGGCAAAGAGUGCCAGCACCCUCGGCAUCGCCAUCGAAGGGGGUGCCAACACACGCCAGCCCCUGCCACGCAUCGUCACCAUACAGAGGGGCGGUUCGGCGCAUAACUGCGGGCAGCUGCGGGUGGGUCAGGUGAUCCUGGAGGUGAACGGGGUUUCCCUGAGGGGCCGGGAGCACAGGGACGCCGCACGCCUCAUCGCAGAGGCCUUCAAGACCAACGAGAGGGACCACGUGGACUUCCUGGUCACUGAGUUCAACGUGGCGCUAUAGGAGGAAGUAGAGGAGGUAGAGAGAGAGAGAGACUUGUCAUGGAGAAAGAAGGGACGAGGUAUAGGCACAGCGGAGGUAGAGAGGAGAGGGGGGCUGUUGGGGCAAAGUGGCAUAGGCCUACAUACUGUAUUGGUCCCUCCACCUUAGUAUCCUUCAGUUUAAUUCAAGCUUAAGCCCCACAACUAGACGCGGAUACAGCUGCACUCUAAGUUGAGUUGCACCCAUGAGAUUUUCGGUAACACUUUACUUGACAGCCAGUUUCAUGACACAU